CAAUGCUAAAAACAGCUCAGGCACCUCCUCUGAACCUGGGCCUGAAACAAUGUCUUCCACCGAAAAAACCAUAAAGGACACUUGACCACCCAAUCUUUGGAAUUAUUUCCAGAAGACACUUGCAGAAACCAUUCGGAGCACCCUUUCCCUGGCAGUGCACACAGGGACGGCCAGGAGAUGAGCGCAUCUUUGAAUUAUAAGUCCCUUUCCAAAGAGCAGCAGACCAUGGAUAACUUGGAGAAGCAACUCAUCUGUCCUAUCUGCUUAGAGAUGUUCACGAAGCCUGUGGUUAUUCUCCCCUGUCAGCAUAACCUGUGUAGGAAAUGUGCCAGUGAUAUUUUCCAGGCCUCUAACCCAUAUUUGCCCACAAGAGGAGGUACCACCGUGGCCUCAGGGGGCCGAUUUCGCUGUCCAUCCUGUAGACACGAAGUGGUUCUGGACAGACAUGGGAUAUAUGGCCUUCAGAGGAAUCUGCUGGUGGAAAAUAUCAUUGACAUCUACAAGCAGGAGUCCACCAGACCAGAAAAGAAGUCUGACCAGCCCAUGUGCGAGGAGCAUGAAGAAGAACGCAUCAACAUCUACUGUCUGAACUGUGAGGUGCCCACCUGCUCUCUGUGCAAGGUCUUCGGGGCACACAAGGAUUGCCAGGUGGCACCCCUAACACACGUGUUCCAGAGGCAGAAGUCUGAGCUCAGUGAUGGCAUCGCUGUCCUUGUGGGAAGCAAUGAUCGAGUCCAGGGAGUGAUCAGCCAGCUGGAAGACACCUGUAAAACUAUUGAGGAAUGCUGCAGAAAACAGAAACAGGAACUUUGUGAGCAGUUUGACUACUUGUAUGGCAUCCUGGAGGAGAGGAAAAAUGAAAUGACCCAAGUCAUUACCCGAACCCAAGAGGAGAAACUGGAACAUGUCCGCACUCUGAUCAAAAAGUAUUCUGAUCAUUUGGAAAACGUGUCAAAGUUGGUUGAAUCAGGAAUCCAGUUCAUGGAUGAGCCAGAAAUGGCAGUGUUUCUGCAGAAUGCCAAAACUUUGUUACAAAAAAUUUCUGAAGCAUCGAAGGCAUUUCAGAUGGAGAAAAUAGAACAUGGUUAUGAGAACAUGAACCAUUUCACAGUCAACCUCAAUAGAGAAGAAAAAAUCAUCCGCGAAAUUGAUUUUUACAGAGAGGAUGGUGAUGAUGAAGAUGAAGAAGAGGGAGAAGGAGAAGAAGAAGGAGAAGGAGGGGAAGGAGAAGGGGAGGGAGUAGAAGUGGAAGAGGUAGAAAAUGUUCGAACAGAGUCAUCAGGAGAAGAUGAAAGUCCGGAGAAAGCCUUGGAGCCCUCUCAGCUGGCCUCGGAGCUCCAGGCUGCCCCAGGGGCACUUCCAGCUUCCUCUCCAGAGUCACCUCCAGCCCUGCCACCUGUUGCAGAUGCCCCAGUGACACAGGGGGAGGUUGUCCCCACUGGCUCUCAGCAGACCACAGAGUCUGAAACUCCAGUCCCUGCAGCAACAGACACUGCGGAUCCCUUGUUUUACCCUAGUUGGUAUAAAGGCCAAACCCGGCAAGCCAGCACCAACCCACCUUCCACCCCAGGGAGCGAAGGUCUGGGACACAUAGGGCCUCCCGGUUCUGAGGAUCCGAAUGUGCAGAAGGCAGAAGUGGCAGAAGCCGCAGCUGGUGAGAGGGCAGCAGUGAGUGGUAAGGAAACUAGUUCACCUGCAGCUACUUCUCAGGAGUUAGCAAUCUGCCUAGCACUUUUGGCUUUUCUUAUACUUCACUACAUCUGGCGUCAGAUUCAGUGCUUGGUUUUUGCUUUAAUGGAAAACCCCGUGAAAGCCCCUGGACACGAACUGGUCUUUAGCUGCAAAAUUGCCCUCUAA